AUGGACUGUUCCAUCGAGUUGACCAAGGACAUUAAACCCUCCAAAGCCCGGGUGUACCCCAUGAGCCCCAAAGAAAAGACUGUAUUGCGGGAGUUCCUUGAUAAGAACUUGGCCCAGGGGUUCAUACGAUCUUCCAAGACUGCAUUUUCGUCACCCUGCUUCUUCGUGAAGAAGGGAACUUCGGACCUCAGGUUGUGUGUAGACUAUAGAGGGCUUAAUGCUCUCACUGAGACAAAUGCUUACCCCAUUCCCCUCAUCCCUGACCUUAUCAGUCAACUCCAAGAAGGCAGGAUGUUCUCGAAACUAGACCUGGCCGAAGCCUAUUACCGGGUCCGGAUAAAGGAGGGGGAUGAGGCGAAGACAUCCUUCUCCUGUUGUUAUGGACUCUUUGAAUUUAUGGGGCGGGAAGGAGAAGGGAGGGAGGAGAAAGGGGUCUGGGGGCGCCAUGGGGUCCCCCCGGGGGUCUCCUCCUCCUCCUCCUCCUCUCCCUGCUCCUCCCCCCCGGCGGGAGGAGGAACCCGGGUCUCGCAGGUCUGCGGGGGAGGGAACUACAUUUCCCAGAAGGCCUGGCCAGCACGCGAGUGGUCAACCCUGCGUAUUGGUGGUGUCCAGAGGGAGGUUUUUCCUGGAGGUGGAGAAGGAAAAAUCUGGAACAUGGAAUUCAAGAGAGCCUCUCUUGUUUCUUGUUUCCCCCGGCUGGAGGGAGAAUUUGGCUCUUGCACGUCGGCAGGAAAGGGUGUGAUUCCGACAAGCAUCAUCCUCAAGAAGCUCUCUGACUUGGCAGCUGGUCUGAAGUCAAUUCCAGAAUUGGAGGAAAUGGUGAGGGACAAGGAAUCGGCAAGGGUGGUUGUUGGAAAAGUUGAAGUUCUGCAGAUGGAAGCAAAAUCUAGGGAUCAAGCAGUACCAAAGCGAGAGUGCAGAAGGGAGAAGCCAUAUAAAUGCCUGGAAUGUGGAAAGUGCUUCACCCGGAGUUCCCAGGUAACUCGACAUCAAAGGGUUCACACGGGGGAGAAGCCAUACAAAUGCCUGGAGUGUGGAAAGUGCUUCUCUCGGAAUGGCGACCUAACUGCACAUGAAAGGGUUCACACAGGGGAGAAGCCAUACAAAUGCCUGGAGUGUGGAAAGUGCUUCUCUUGCAAUGGCGUCCUAACUAAACAUCAAAGGGCUCACACGGGGGAGAAGCCAUACAAAUGCCUGGAGUGUGGAAAGUGCUUCUCUCGGAAUGACAGUCUAAAUGCACAUCAAAGGGUUCACACGGGGGAGAAGCCAUACAAAUGCCUGGAGUGUGGAAAGUGCUUCUCUCGGAAAGACAACGUAAGUGCACAUCAAAGGGUUCACACAGGGGAGAAGCUAUACAAAUGCCUGGAGUGUGGAAAGUGCUUCUCUUGCAAUGGCGUCCUAACUAAACAUCAAAGGGUUCACACGGGGGAGAAGCCAUAUAAAUGUCUGAAGUGUGGAAAGUGCUUCUCUCGGAAUUGCCACCUCACCUCACAUCAAAGGGUUCACACAGGGGAGAAGCCAUAUGAAUGCCUGGAGUGUGGAAAGUGCUUCUAUCAGAAUCGCGAACUAACUGUACAUAAACGGCUUCACACGGGGGAGAAGCCAUACAAAUGCCUGGAGUGUGGAAAGUGCUUCUCUCAGAAAGGCAGCCUAACUGCACAUCAAAGGGCUCACACAGGGGAGAAGCCAUACAAAUGCCUGGAGUGUGGAAAGUGCUUCUCUUGGAAUGGCGACCUAACUAAACAUCAAAGGGUUCACACGGCGGAGAAGCCAUACAAAUGCCUGGAGUGUGGAAAGUGCUUCUCUUGGAAUGGCAACGUAACCAAACAUCAAAGGAUUCACACGGCGGAGAAGCCAUACAAAUGCCUGGAGUGUGGAAAGUGCUUCUCUCAGAAUGACAGCCUAACUAAACAUCAAAGGGCUCACACAGGGGAGAAGCCAUAG